AUGUGGGAGGUAUCGGAAGAAGGUCUUGGAUUGCUGCAAGGUUGGUUGGAUGAAUUGGGUGAUGAGAGUAUCAAAGUACGAAGUGAUCGAUUAGUGAAGCAGGAAAUGAUGAUAUUUGAUUGCGAUGAAAUGAUGACCAUCCUAAAACCUCUUUCCAAGAAAUUUCCCAUUUAUAAAUUUAUUGAGAGGAUAAAACCUCAUGUUCCAGUGAUUGGAAAGAGAGUUAAUCCCGAAUAUGAAGCUAGACUCGAAAGAUUGAGGCGAGAGCAGGAAGAUCGCGAGUAUCGCAAGAUGACACGAUCAGUUGAUCCUAAUCAAAUUUAUGGGCGUGAAAACUUAUUAUAUGGAUUCGGUGAAGAAAUGAAGGCCAUGAAUAGGCAAUUGAUAGUGAUAUUAAAUACACUUCUUACAGUAGCCGGUGGAUUUUCGUUCGGAUAUUUCGGAAUCGGCUACGCUUAUCCAAGUUUACGUACGAAUGUGGAAUUUCGAGUAGCUCUUGGUCUAGCAAUUGCUACUGUUGUUUUCAUCGCUGAUCUAUAUUUUAUAGUAAAAGGAAUGGAUGAUUUAGGGGAGAAACCGAUAAAGGCAAAGAAGAUCGUUACAACAGAGAAGAUUCGGAGAAGCGAUACAAUGAAGAAAAAGCAAUAA